UAUGUUGAUAGACACACAAACACACACACAAAAUUCAAACUUUUGCAAUACACGGUUGCUUCAUCAGGAAAGAGGGAAGGAGAGGGAAAGACGAAAGGAUGUGGGUUUUAAGGGAGAGGGUAAGGAGUCAUUCCAAUCCCGGGAGCGGAAAGACUUACCUUAGGGGGAAAAAGGACAGGUAUACACUCGCACACACGCACAUAUACAGACACAAGCCUGAUUGUGUCUGUAUAUGUGCGGAUGGAUAUGUGCGUGUGUGCUUGAAUUUUGUGUGUGUGUUUGUGUUUGUUUGUGUGUGUAUCAACAUACCAACGCUUUUGUUUGAUGAUCUACGUUUCCAGAAUCCAUGCCGGUUGGCAUGAAGGAGCUCACCCUGUUCAAGAUACAUUAUGUUUGAGCUCAAAAUAUACUCUAAGAUUCUACAACAAAUGGAUAUCAUGAAUAUUGGAUAGCAGUUUUGUGGAUCACAUCUGUUACCCUUCUUGUAGACAGGUUGAAAUGACUUACUUCUUCCAGAGUCAGAUGUAGAGGCCUGUAUAUGGUGUCUUCUUUCUUCUUAUAACCGCAGAGCUCAGGCGUCCUGUAUAUUGGCUUUGGGAAUGUGACACCAUCUAGUAAGUCAGCAAAAGGGCUAUCUGUACCAAAAAAUUCCCUGUGAAGACAGAAUUUGUAGUGAAGUUUGUUAAAGCAGUGAACACAAUCUUCUGGCAAUUGGAACUCCAGAGACCCAACAUAUAUACUUUGAAGGUUCCAGAUGAGGCAGUAAAGAAUGGUAUCCCUCAGUAUUAGCUGUAGCAGGUGCAGUUAAGGAAGAUGGUGGUCAAAAUAAACACAUGCAGUUUUCUCACAUGAAAAACCGAAACCUGCUUUCUUCAUCCAUCUAUGUAGCUGUGUAAGAGUCAACUGCAGUUGAUGGGCUAUGGCUGCAACACUGGAAAAUAAAAGAAAAGAAAAGAAUUGCUCACAAACAGAACCAACAAAUCCCUUCCUUACUGAUGACAGUACAACAAGCAAGCAAGCUGCAUCAUCUGCACAACCGCAACCAACCAACCAACCAACCAACCAACCAACCAACCCAACAAGUGCCGCUGACCAGUAUACAAUGUUCUGGAAGUUUAAGGAAACAGAGGAGGAAUGGAUUGAAUACCUGACUCAGUUCCAAGCACAUAGUCAAGUUCAUUGUGCUAAAGGCUGGAAAGGUGUCAUGAGCACAAGGAAGACACGAUGGUCAAACAGCAUCAACAAAAGUUUGCCGCUCGCGCCAUGGAAGCAAUAUUGGAAGAGCAAGAAGUAAUCAUGUAGUAUUCCUUGCUGUUUUAGUGUCUGUGAUUAUUGUUAAAGAAAACUGAACAACUGAUUAUAGACAUUUAAUUGUACUUCAUGUGCUGGACUUACUAGUAGUAAGACAGUUCAUAAUUAUGUGGUUGCAAAAACUAUGCUAAAAAUGUAUUUAAUCGAAUCUAAAGCAAGAUGAAUCAGUUGACUUGCAAACAUUCAAAUAUUUAUGUGAGAAGUGGUGAAUUUGUUCUUUGUGGAAG